AUGUCCGAUACCGAAAAUAAUUUUUCAAAAUUGGAAGCAAUUAAAAAAACAAGGGAGAAGUCUAGACAAUUGUCAGAUGUGUCAAAUAAACUAGCCGAUGCAGUUGGGUUUUAUACUAAAGAAUCUCUUCAUAUUAGUGAAUAUGAAUCGGAGUUAGAAAUGUUGCAGCAAGAAAGAUUAUAUCACCUGGAACAGCUUAGAUUGAUUGAAAAGGAUAUCGAGGCCGUCGAACAAACAAUUUUUGAAGCUCGAAUUGAUAAAAUCAAAACUCUAAAGUUGGCUCGUAAAUUGUCCAGUGAUUACAGCAUGUUGCUUACUGAGGUCAAUCAUAUCCGCUCUGAUUUGGGCCUUAUUACACUAGAUGAUAAAAGGACUCCAGAGGCCAUGGCCUUAACUCAGACUAUUCCUUCAAGUACCUCUUCUACUCCACCACAGACAAAUAUUUCUGACACUCCUGGUGGGCCUCCCACAUCCCAAUGCCCCAAUUCUCCACAGGCUCCUUCGCAGUUGCCUCCCUUGCUUCCACCUUCAACAGGUACUUUCGAUCAGGAGCAUAUUGCCGCUUGGUUUGCCUCAUUUCGACAACAGGGUGAUCAAAUUGAUUGGUCUAAGCAGUUUCCUCCUGAAAUCAGUACAGAGAAUGAACUAUCGACGAGCAAUAUCCGUAAAGGUAAUUUGAUUACAUUUUCAUGA